AUGCUGUCGUUGCGACUUUUCGUUGCCUUGAUGGCUAUUCAUUCGACAAACACUGCUCUUGCCGCUCCCAGUGUCACCAUGGGUACGAGGGCAGUCUGCAACGGCAACACGCCAGCGACAAGGUCUGAGUGGUGCGAUCAUUCCAUCGACACAGACUGGUGGACUGAGGCAGUAGACACCGGCGUCACUCGAGAGUAUUGGCUUGAGCUUACGGAUGUCAACGUAGCCCCGGACGGCGUCAAUCGAACCGCCAUGGCUGUCAAUGGCUCGAUCCCAGGCCCUACCAUCUUUGCGGAUUGGGGCGAUACCGUGACAGUUCAUGUCACCAACUCUCUGUCGACUUCCCUCAACGGUACCAGUAUCCAUUUUCAUGGCAUGCGUCAGAACAAUACAAACCAGCACGAUGGUGUGGCAGCUGUGACUCAGUGCCCCGUUGCUGUUGGCGAGUCCGUAACAUACACAUGGAAAGCGACUCAGUAUGGUUCAAGCUGGUACCACUCACACUUUGCCCUGCAGGCAUACCAAGGCAUCUUUGGUGGCAUUAUCAUCAAUGGUCCUGCCUCUGCCAACUAUGACGAGGAUCUCGGUGUUGUUUUCCUGAACGAUUGGGAUCACCAGACGGUUGAUGAGCUAUAUGCUGUAGCUCAAACGAACGGCCCCCCCAUGCUUGACAACGGCCUCAUCAACGGUACAAAUGUUUAUGGUGAUGACGACGAUGCGUCGCAGACAGGCAAACGUCUCACUAUACCUUUCAGCGCUGGAACCUCAUAUCGCAUGCGACUCGUCAAUGCUGCAGUUGAUACACACUGGAAGUUUAGCAUAGACAACCACACUUUGACGGUCAUUGCUGCUGACUUGGUUCCUGUCGAGCCAUACAUUACGACGAUGGUUGAUUUGACUAUGGGCCAGCGUUACGACAUCAUUGUUACGGCGAACCAGUCAGAAGCGGCAGACAGCUUCUGGAUGCGCGCUAUCCCCCAGUCAGCUUGCUCGGACAACGAAAGCACCGAUAAUAUUAAGGCUAUCGUGUAUUAUGGAGAUUCCGUGACGACACCUCAGACUAUUGGUUACGAUUAUACGGACAGUUGUGAUGACGAGACUGACAAUCUUGUCCCUGUCGUCUCCAAGGCCGUCGAAGGUGCUGACUGGAGUGACCUGGCAAUCGCUACAGUUGGCCGCAAUUCGGCUGGCCUAUUCAAAUGGUACCUCAACAGCACAAGUCUGCUUGUUGACUGGGCCGACCCAACUUUGGGACAGGUCCUCGCUGGAGCUACCGAAUGGGAAACGGAGAAUGCAGUCCUUCAGCUCAGCGAGGCUAACAAAUGGGUGUAUCUCGUCGUCCAGACGGCAAUGGGGGUCCCUCACCCAAUUCACCUGCAUGGUCACGACUUCUUUGUCCUCGCCCAGGGCAGUGGGACUUAUUCCGCAUCAGUGACCCUGAAUACGGAGAACCCUCCACGCCGCGAUACUGCUCUUCUGCCGGCUUCCGGAUACCUUGUCAUGGCUUGGGAAACCGACAACCCCGGUGUUUGGUUGAUGCACUGCCACAUCGGAUGGCACGCUUCGGAAGGCUUUGCGCUGCAGUUCAUCGAGAGAUACAGCGAGAUUGCUGGUAUAGCUGAUCAGAGCAGCCUCGAUGACGGGUGCUCUACGUGGUCAAGCUUCCAGGACACGUAUUCCAUCGAACAGGAAGACUCUGGUAUCUAG